CGCCAAGCAAGCAAGCAAGAAGCAUCAUUUGUGAGGACUGGGGCAGGAUGAACGUGCUUGUGGUUGGCCGGCUGGUGAGUGGUGGUAGUGGUGGGCGCGAUGCUGGCCAGCGAACAAGGGGUCGCAUCGAGGCACAUGGCGAUUCCAUCUCAGCAGGGCACGAGCAGUGUAGAUUCAACCGCUUGUUCGAUGCCGCAACACCGAUUGACACCGUGUACCACAAGGUUUGCCGUCCCAUCGUCAAGUCAUUCACCCGAGGUUUCAACACAGCCCUCAUCCUGCUGGACCAGGGAAGCGACGCCCAUGUCACGGCAAGCCUCACGGGAUCAGGUGAUGGCCCCGGCGCGGAUGCAAGCGGAGGCCGUGGCCUGAUGCAGCAUUUUAUUCAGGAUAUCUUUGCGUACCUGAGCGACGAGCAAGCCUUCCUCAUGACGGUAUCCUCGUUUGAGGUGUAUGCAGAGCAAGUGCGUGACAUGCUGGCACCAGAGGCGAAGGGGCUGCGUGUCGUCGAAACGCCGGACGCAGGCUGGACCAUUCGUGACAUCUCGACAAACCAGGUGCGAGGUGCGGGCGCGUGCAUGGCGGCAUUCAAGACUGCGUUUGCGGAGCGCACCUCGGAUUCCGCUAAACGCCAUCGCAGCUGUUUCUGCUUCCACAUCAAUCUGUCCCAGGGCGACAUGCGUGCUGUGUGUCGUAUAGUUGUGCUUCCCGUUGUGGACGCUGUUGUCGCCGAUCCAACGCGCGCACGUCUCACCCACGGCGCACACGUGGUUCAGGGCCCCGUGGCCUGUGCGCGAUUGAUUGAGGCGCAUGCAUCGCAAGACAUGCGACACCAGUUGCCAGAUAUUGUUGACUCGUCCAUCAUGACGCGGCUGAUUGCCGACACAAUGGGAAACAACUGCCAGACAGCGGCCAUUGCGCACAUCCAGGAAACCAUGACUGCUCAGCUGCCAGAGUACCUCAGGCUGUGCGUUCAUCUUCGCCAGAUCAAGAACUAUCCCGUGCAGAACCAGUCCAAUCUUCGCGGUCUCGUGGAGUCGUUUCGGGCCACCAUGCUCUCCCUGAAAAAUUCAACAUCAGGCCUCCUCAGAGACAUGGGUCUCUCGGGUGGAGAGGAGCACGACGCCGAGACAAAACUCGUUGAAUCAAACCUCGAAAUCCUCAAGCUCAAGGAUUUGAACUCCAAGUUCAACAACCGGCUGCAGACGGCCCAGGCAACCAUUGCGCGGGAAGAGGCGGAACGCAAAGACUUGACCGCUCAGCUCUUGGACAGCGAGGAAGAGCGGCUGCUGCUAACAAAGGCGAUGCUGGAGAUGCAACUUGAGCAUGCGCAGACGACAGCUGACGCCGAAAAGCGUGCGCAUGAGGACAAGUCCCGGAUCUCGUCGCUUGAGGAAGACUUGGACGCCUCUGUUGCGCGCGAAGAACAACUGCAGCAGACCAUCGCAGACCUACAGGACAACGUGACAGCGCUGGAGGGGGAGCUUGAGAGCAGGCAGCGUGAAAUCGCCAGUCUCAAGAGCGGCACACUCGCCCUCGAUGAGGACUUUUCCAUCCGUCUUCGCGCCAAGAUUGCGACGCUCGUCAAGUCAAAGAUGAAGUUGUUGCAAGACCGCGACGCGCUCGCAGAACAAAUUGUUACGUUGGAGGGGCAUCCACACGACCCAGCAGCAUUCAAAAAAGCAACACAGACUGCUGUGAACAAUACGGAAAAGCAAGGGGAGGAGAUUGCCUCCAUGAUUCUUCAACGCACGCGCAUCGAGUCAAAGGAUGGUGACGUGCAGGCCGUGUCAACGACAGACACAACGAACAAACCAUCGUCGUCGUCGUCGUCAUUGCAGGCUACGUUGCGACCGCGAAAUGCAGCCGCAAAGGAGCGGCGUGUUGAAGAGCUGCGACAGGAGCUCAGAUCUGUGCAGCAAGAGCUUGAGUUGUUGCAGAAGGAGAACAAGCGUAUGGCAACGGCACACGACGCAUUUGUUCGCGACCACCGCAAGCGCCUCGAGAAGCAUGUGAAGGAGUUUUCGACGUGGAUGACGAAGAACAACGCUGGUGGUGACGGCAGUGACAGAAUGAAACAGGAGCUCGACCAAACGCUGCAAGACCAGGCGGCCACAUACCAACAAGAAGUGAACGAGCUGAGGGCUCGCAUGGAGACCACGGAGAAGCAGCUGCUGCAGCGGUCGGCGCGCUUGAGGCGCCUUGUUGGCGUCUAUCGUGGCCUGCGUGACCUGUGUGAGGAGAACGAUCUCCCCGUUCCCAGCGCCCACCGCUUUGAAGAGGCGCAGCUGGACGAGAACGCAGAGAUUAUCCGCCUGCGAAAGGCGCUGCGAGGAGCACAUGCGCUGUCCCUGGCCACGAGUGGAGGAGGCAAGGGGCAAGCUGACGGCAAGGCUGCCGAUGCGUUGACGACGUUCACUUCGCAGAUACAGCGCAAAUUGGAGGAUGAGCGCUCCCAGCUCCUUGUAUCCAUGGCAAGGGCAGAGCAGAAAAUCAAAGUCAUGGAGGAGUUUAUCCGCACACGACUGAAGCCAAAGAAGAAGAAAUAAGCAGUCGCCGCCACAUCAGAUGCUUCUUCUGCUUCAAGGGCGUAAUGUGCGUGUGCGUGUGUACCACGAAGCGUGUGCCCUUGUGCCAUGUGAGGAAGUCUGCCGUGGUGCAUGGCAGAGAGCAGCACAUCGCUUGUUGCUCAUAUCCGGUGCUUCAUUUUAUUAAAAUCACCCAUGAAUUUUCGACCGAGCGAAGACUAUUCGUGGAAGAAACCAGU